UGCUGUCCGUUUCGGGAAUACAUGAUGUUAUACAUAAAAUGGCUUAUCAGUGUUUUCUUAUAUCUUACACUGGCGUUGCAUCCGGCCGUUGCGAAAGGCCGUUAUAAUAUAAGUUUUGCACAGCUAGAUACAUGCGACAGCAUUGAAAUUGAUAAAUUCGCUGGAUAUGCAUAUAAAGAUUUCUUUAUGUUACACACUUUGGAUAAUAAUAAAGUCCUGCCCAAUGAGCGCCUACAUCUGAAAUUUUAUGUGGUUACGACCAUGGAUGCACAUAUAUUACUUUCGGUAACAAAUCAUCCACGCCCCGACGAUCGAGUAUAUGAAAUCGUAAUCGGAGCUGGUGGGGAUACAUUUUCGACCAUUCGCACAAGCAUGGGCAUGAAGCGAGUCUCGACAAAUCAAGAUUUAGAGUUACUCUCGGUCUACGAGCCAACUCCAAUUGAAAUUAUUCAAACCAAAGACGGCGACUUGUAUGUUUAUAUUCCCGGCCACAAGAAGGAGCCACUGCUGCAUUAUAUUGAUCCCUCACCGCUCAGUAUCAACUACAUCAGCUUCAGUACAUUUGGAACGAAUGCCGCACGUUGGUUUUAUGAUUGCGCCUUCGAUGGAUUUACAAAUGAAAUGGAGCGGGAACAGCAUGAGGAAUCUGUUGAAGAUCGUUUGCUGGGCGCUUUAAUUUUCCAGGCUGAGAACAGCAGCUUGCCUGAAAAUCUGACCGAGGUUCAGUUCAAUUUUCAAAUGCAAUCGCUGGCCUACGAUCCAUCUAAUGCCCAGUUUCAUGCGCGUAUGCAAUUGAUGAUGCACUGGCAAGAUCCUCGACUACGCUGGCAACCGGACAGAUUUGGACGGCUCACAUCGUUUGAGCACCCGAAUCUGCAAAUAUGGAUACCUGAAUUGGUGAUACUAAAUGGCGCAUUGGAAUCGUUGGGUGGCGUAACGAAAGAUUAUGAAUUGCGAGUUUAUAGCAAUGGUAAUGUCACCCUAAUGGCUAACAAUUGGGAAGCGACGACAUGGUGUGUGGACACGGCUCGAAAUUGGCCCAAUGAGCGUAUCAUUUGUGACAUUCAAAUGGGCGUCGAUCAGAACUACGCAAAGAUUGCGUUAACCCAUGAUAAUGAAAGAAGGCCGUUAGCUGUCAAUGAACAUGUAAACACACCGUCUGGCUGGACAUUUGUAAACAUAGCCGUGUUGCACAUAGAGAAUGCAACUACCAUGCGUUACACACCCAGGGGUAUACUGCAGACAAUGUCUGGGGAUGUGUCCAUAGGAUUUACAUUGCAUCGGAAUGGCUCCUUCUACAGAUUGGUCUUUUUCAUGCCAUUGUUUGCAUGUGAAGUCUUUCUGGGUCUCUCAUUUCUCUUACGUGGCUAUCGACGCGGCGCUCUCAUACUUAUUGUUCUGAUGCUAACGGCGUGUGGUCUGAUGUACCUCACGCGCCAUGCCUCACCCCACUAUGUGCCGCCUUUGAUGUCAGCCUAUCAGCACAUUAUGCGCGCUUCCGUUUAUUGUUAUUUGCUGCAUAUCGCCAUCAUGUGGCUGGAAUGUUAUCCACCUCGUGCCAAGGCGCCGGCCUGGCUUUUGUCCCUGAUCAAUUGGAACCCAUUGCGUUUGUUUUUAGGCCUACGAAUUUUCGAUUCAACAGAAUAUUGCGAUAUUCAGGCUCGACCCUGGCGCCAACUUGCUAAGAUUUUAAACAAUGGCAGUUUUAUUGGUGUCAACAUAUGUUUCAUUGUACUAAAUAUGACGGAUUUAUCGUCCGCUUGAUGUAAAUAUUGAAUAUUUAAUAAAUUCAG